CAUUGAUCAUGAUAACGUGACAUCAGAAAGCUUGGAUGGAGCCUAAAGUGAAAGAUCAUUUGUGAGUUGAUUUCAACCACAAAGACAAAAUGCAAAGAUUAACAAACAAUCGUUUCUAUCGUUCUUUGGUAUGCUGGUUGAGAAAUAAGUAAGUCAUAUAAUCCAAAUGUACUGAAUUGUUUUUUUCCAGAAUAUUACAGGGGUACAAAUGUUUUGGCUACAUGAAUUGUACUGACUUUAAACAUAAUUCUUAGCCUUAGUUAAUGGAAUAGAGAAUACUCGUGUACCUUCUUUUGUAAUAACUGUUAACUGUAUGCAAGUAAAAUUUGGCAAACUCAUAAUUUAAAGACCUCAUUCUAUGCCUGAUUUUUCCUUAAAAAUACUACUUUGUAGGCAGUGUGAUAAUAUGCAUAUGCAGUCACUUUAACCACUUCGGUACCAGCACUGACUAUAGUUGAUAGCCACAGAUGAACACGCACAGCCAAGCAGUUGAAAACCAAGAGGACCUGAUAGAAAUCAUCACUGAAGCUCCAGUGUAUGAAAGUCCUAACAUGGGCAAACCUACAGAAGUAGCCUUGGAUGGACACAGCCAACCAGUUGAAAACGAGGGGGACGUGAUAGAAAUCAUCACUGAAGCUCCUGUGUAUGAAAGUAAAAACCAGGAGGAAGUCAAAGAAAUCAUCACUGAAGCUCCUCUGCCAGAAAGCAAAAACCAGGAGGAAGUCAAAGAAAUCAUCACUGAAGCUCCUCUACAGGAAAGUGAAAGUGACGUGGAAGUGACAGAUGUCAUCACUAAAGCUCUUCUGCAAAAAAAGACACCAAGGGUCGUGUGGGGAGGAGAAUCCCCCGAAAGCCGCCGCUACCUACCAACACCAUCCAUCGUGUGGCAAAGAGAAUACCCCACCCUCCGCCACUACCCAGCAACACCAAGUUUUGCAUGGAAAAGAAUUUCCCUGGACAUCGACCAUCAACCACCAACACCAAACUUCGCGUGGAAAAGAGAUUCCCCAGAUGUCAACCGCCAAACACUAACACCAAACUUCGGGUGGAAAAGAGCUUCCCCAGACAUGGACCGCCAACCACCAACACCAAACUUCGGGUGGAAAAGAGCUUCCCCAGACAUGGACCGCCAACCACCAUCACCAACCAUCUCCAAGAAUAGAGUUUCCUCAGACAUCGACCGCCGACCACUAUCACCAACCUUCUCCAGGAAUAGAGUUUCCUCAGACUUCGACCGCCAAUCACUAUCACCAACCAUCUCGUGGAAUAGAGUUUCCUCAGACAUCUACCGCCAACCACCAUCACCAGCCUUCUCAUGGAAUAGCGUUUCCUCAGACAUGGACCGCCGACUACCAACACCAAACUUCGGGUGGAAAAGAGUUUCCCCAGACAUGGACCGCCAACCAUCAACAUCAACCACCGCGUGGAAAAGAGAAUCCCCUGACAUCGACCGCCCCCCACCACCAAAAAUAAACACUUGGACAGAGGAAUCCUCGGACCUCCACCACCACCCACUUGCACAGGAGGAUGAAUUAACAGAAGUAGUAUCUGAGAUAACCCUCCGUCACUGCGCAGGUCAAAUUGCAUUGGCCAAAGGAACUAGUCAUAAAGCCACCAGAGAAACUAUAUCAGAACAACUCUCCAGAGUUGAGAGUGAUGAAGAAGACGAUGCUGAUUUGAACACCUCAGAUAGGAAGAUUAAAACUGUGCGUUCAAUUCUAUCAUCCUCUGUAUUUAGAAUUUUUGAAGUCUCGCUGAUUAUCCUGGACAUAAUGCUUGUAAUAACAGACCUAGUUGUCACUCCUAAAAUUUACACUCCUUUGGGAUAUCGAUCAGCUUCCUUAGCUAUUGCUUUAUUUUUUUUCUUUGCUCUUCUUCUUCGACUGUAUGUAAAACGGAAUUAUUUUUCUAAUGCAUUUAGUGUCUUAGAUGCUAUGGUUACUGUAGUGAGUCUGAUGUUCAACGUGGUUUUCAUUUUUUUUGACACCAGAUUUCUCAGUGAUAUCCCCAGAUUGGCAGAUUCAUUGCGACUUCUACGAGCUAUAAUUCUAAUUAGACUUUGUCAUUUGGUUCAUCAAGAAACACCUGUUGAACAGCUGGCCAGAAGGAUGGCUUCAGGAUAUGCUACACAAGACACAGAAGGAGAAUUGCAUCUGGAUCUCACUUAUGUUACUGAGCGUAUUAUUGCUGUAUCAUAUCCCACUUCCAGAAGGCAUUCGUUUUAUGGGAAUUCAAUUACGGGCAUCCUGUGGUUCCUAGACAGCAAACAUCGAAACCACUAUCAAGUCUACCAUCUAUGCAGUCAAAGAUAUAAUCCCAAUCACUUCCAUGAUAGGGUUACUAGAAUCAUCAUUGAUAAUCACAGUGUCCCCUCUCUGCGUGAGAUGGUGGCAUUCUCUAAAGAUGUCCAUAGAUGGCUGGCGAAAGAUGAAAAAAACGUUGCAGUGAUUCAUGCCCAAGAAGGCAAAGGCCGAACAGGAACUAUGGUUUGGGUUUGCCUUAUUGCCAGAGGACUCUGUUCAACUGCACAGGACAGCUUUCAUCAUUUCGGACGACGACAAAUAGGUAAAUCCAUCAGCAUUAAAUAUGAGGGAGUAGAAACUCCUUCUCAGCAUAGAUAUGUUGAAUAUUUUGAAGAAGUGAAACGUUUCAACUUCUGGACUCUUCCUCCAAUAAAAUGGCUCUUGUUAAAAAAAAUCAUUAUUUAUUCAAUUCAUGGACUCGGAAGGGGCAAUGGACGUGAUUUAGCCAUGGAAAUGAUAAUGAAGCGAAAGAAGGUUUUCUCCCUUUCGUCUUCUAAAAAUGCUAGGAUUUUUCAUGACAGUGAAUCAAACAGAGUAAUGAUAUUUCCAUUCAACUGCCCACUUCUGUGCGAAGAUGUGAACAUGCAGUUUUUCAUUGGCUCCGCAUCUCUUGAACAACACAAGUGCCAAUUUUCCUUUUGGUUUCAUACGUCUUUUAUAAACAAUAGCAGGUUUUAUCUGCCAAGAAAUGAAUUGGACAAAAUCCAUAAACCAAAAACAUGGGAAAAUUUUCCAGAUGACUUUGCCGUAGAAAUUCAGUUUAGGGAGCUAAAAACCUAGAGCUGUGUUGUAAGGCAAGCAUCUGGUUAUUGAGGACAGAAUUAUUAUCUCCCCGUCUCCUUAAACAUUUGUAUAUAUAUUUUUAGCUAAUUUCCUUACUGUAAAUAUGUUCUUGUAAAAUACAUUAAAUAUAUACCAAUAAAACAUCAAUGGCUGGUUUUUUUUGUUUUUUGAAAGAACAUACUUCACACAAAGUUUCCAUCUUGUAUUUAGACAAAUUUGAAACACAAUACACAGGAACAUAAGGAAUCAUUUUGAAGAACUUUGAAAUAGAACUCUCAUAUCAAAAUAAUUGAAAUAUUAAAAAAUUGUGAGCCCCAGUACCCAUUUAUUUAUAUAUUUUUGGACAACUAUUUAUUUUCUACUGUUUCACAUUUGUAAUUUCCGAAAUCUAAUUUCUAUUUUCUUCCUCUACUUGAUUUACAAACUGUUAACAAAGAGAUUUGCAGUGAAGACUAGGUUUUAAACCCAGAGGAGAGAAAUGUUUCACACAAGCAGUCCCCUGCCCCCCCCCCAACAUACACUUUUCUUUUGUUCCAAGCACUACACAGGUAAACUACGUGACAAGCUUCCUUUAAUUACACCCAAGCACAGGGAGGAGGCUAAGAAGACAAAGAAUCUUCAGUAACUUCUGCUUUUGUGUAACAUUAUAAGUGACAUCAAAGAAAUAUUUGUUCUUAAAGUAAUCUAGAUUUAUUAUUUUGAAAUCCACCAUCCCUGCUCACAACCAACUUCACCAGGCUUAGGGAAACGCUGUGAAGGAAGGUCACCUUUUUAUUAUAAACUCCGAUCAGUCUUGUGUCCAAAGGAAAUCAUAAUCAUUUUAUUUUUGGUAUUGGGUGCUACUUUAUUCUAAGUACCUUUACUGCCACUCUAUCUUCAGGCCAUGACUGUCCGUGAAAAGAGUUCUACUUUGGCUUUAUUGAAAGUAUCCUUAUUUGAAUGGUUUUCCUUUUAUUAACAAGGCUCUCAACAAUCUAGACCAAGGUGAAUUCAUCAGGAAAUGAAAGGUAGCGACUAAUAAAACAAGUAUCUCUGUUAGAACACAGAAUGCUCAUUCCUGAAAAACCUUGCGCUCUUCAGAAAAAUAAAUGCUUUGGGGCAGACCUCUGUAGUUAAGCAACUUUGUAUCUGGCACACUAACCACUUGGACCACCCAGGUGAGCAGCUUGAAUGUCUGGAGGUUUCCACAGCAGCUUUUUUUUUUAAAAUGAAGAAAUACAACAAUAUUUUAGAGAAGGACUGAGGGUGCCAAUGUGGCACAGACAGGAGUAGAGGUCCAAGCCAUGGUGGGCACAGAAGGUGUCAACCUGCCAGGAGCCAAGAGCUCUGUAUGGCUGGCUGGUGGCCUGGCUGCAGGUGCUUUUUAUUUUUUUCUAAAUAUCCUUAAAAAAUCACAACUGCCAGUGCAACAGCCCAACAAAAGCCUUUUUCCUUUACUCCCCCUAAUCUGGCUACCCUCGGUGGAAAAGAUCACAGAACAUGAUUUCAGUUUCCUUCCAUGGUAUUAAUAAUAUUAUUCCCUGUCAUUCAUGUUACAGAAAUGUGUGGGCAAAAUGUAGAUUGUACUAUUUUAUUUAAAAUUCACACAGCAGUAAUCUACAGAGGACAGAGUACAGGGUGGGCUUAUGGGGUGAACAGGGGAAAAAUAGCUGGCCCAGUGAAGAGUGAGAUGUGUCUCUUUUUUUUUUUUUCCAUGAAAUAAGUCAUCUUGCAUUAUUUUUUUCUUUGUUUUAUGUAGAGUUGGUUUUUUAGUGAAAUAUACAUGAUUAAUAAAUUACUAAAUUGUCCCUAAUUCUUUUUUUUUCUUUUCUUUUUUAAUUCCAAAAGAUUUACAAGGUAUAAGUGUUUCCUUGUUAAAUGGAUGGAUUGUAUAGUGGUGAAGUCAGGGCUUUUAGUGCACUCAUAUUCCAAAUAGUAUACAUUGUACCUGACUGGUAGUUUUUGGAUUCCUUAACCUCUUCCCACUCUCCCCACUUCCAAGUCUCUGAAGUCCCUUAUACCACCCCAUGUGACCCUGUACACUCAUCUUUCAGCUCCCAGUUAUGAGUAAUUAUACAUGCAGUAUUUGUUUUGCCAUUCCUGAGAUACUUCAAAUAAGGUUAUGGCUUCCAGUUUCAUCCAAGUUG